GAGUAUCUAAAUACCUACCUACAUAGGUAUUACGAGGCAGAAUAGUAUCAAAAAGAAUGCCUUACAGUAGCCACGUCGGCUAUAUUUGAUAGGUCAUUUUUGAUACAAUACAAUUCUACCACGCAACCUAUUAUUAUGCCCGCUUAUAACCCCUAGCACUGCCCGUUUAGUUACCUACCUCCUAAGGCGUUUAUUCUUCUCAAACUUCCCCCCAAAAAUGACCAUUCAAACAUAUCAUCAAAUCAUGAAAUAAGACCACAUCGAUGGCUGAACUCAUUUUUAGUCCAGUAGCGUAGUUACGCCGAGCUUUCAACAUAAUAUCUUUACGAGUCACUAACUGCCGGCUAUGGCUAACCCCGAUGACUACACUAUCGGCUGGAUUUGCGCCUUGCAGGAAGAGUAUGAAGUCGCAUGUCGCAUGCUUGACGACGAGUUCGAAGGUAUUGAUGAAGCCAACGAAAAUGACAACAAUACCUACGUUCUUGGUCGCAUCCACGAACAUAAUGUGGUAAUUGGGUGUCUCCCAUAUGGUCGAUACGGUAUUAGUUCUGCUGCUAUCGUUGCCAAGGACAUGAUUCGAUCUUUUCCUUCUUUAAAAUUCGCCUUGAUGGUGGGCAUUGGCGGGGGCGCUCCAACACCAGAGAGAGACAUACGCCUUGGGGAUGUGGUUGUCAGUGUACCACAAGGUAGAUUAGGGGGUGUCAUACAGUAUGACUUCGGGAAGAGGUUAUCAGGAGGUCAGUUCCAACAAACUGGCCAAAUGAACUCUCCUCCAGCGGUGCUAUUAGGGGCGAUCCCCGAGAUGCAGCGUCAACACAAUGACCCCAGGAAGCCAGAUAAGCUAGCAGAACAUAUCAAGCUGAUGGAUGAUAUGCUUGAAUAUCGACGCCCUAAUGAAGAUCGACUAUACCGCGCAGAUUACGAGCACCAGGGUGGAAUCACAUGCGAAAAGUGUCUGGCAGAUGGGCUCGAGCGGAGACUGCCCAGAGUAGCUAAACGAGCUGUCAAUGUCCAUUACGGUACCAUCGCAUCUGCUAACUCGGUUAUGAAGAGCGCCGAAGCAAGAGACCAGCUUGCCCAAGAUCCGGAACUCAAAGUCUUAUGCUUUGAAAUGGAAGCCGCUGGCUUGACGAACAACUUUCCCUGCUUGGUGAUCCGAGGAAUCUGCGAUUAUUCCGAUUCGCACAAAAACGACGAGUGGCACAAAUAUGCAGCACUCACAGCGGCCGCAUACGCAAGGGAACUCCUUCAUGUUCUAAAGCCUACAAAGGUAGCAGUCCUGCCAUCUUGGGCGGGAAGAUUAGAAAGUAUUACGGCAGAGUUACGAAAAGAACUUUCAGCUAUAUCUAAGAAGUCUGACACAGUAAUCCAUCAUCAACAGACCCAAGAACAUAGAGAUAUCUUGAAUUGGCUGACCCCAGUCAAUUACGGCCCCCGGCAAAGUGAUUAUCUCGAACGUCGACAGCCAGGAACCGGUAAAUGGUUCCUUGAUACAGAACAGUUCCAAACUUGGCGUGACACACAUGGCAAAACUCUGUUCUGUCCAGGCAUUCCAGGCGCUGGAAAGUCCAUUCUUACGUCGAUUAUAAUUGACAAUUUAGAAAGUGCCUUUCUGGAUCAAAACGAUGUUGGAAUUUCGUAUGUCUUCUGCGAAUUUGGACGACAACAUGAGCAAACAGCCGAUAAACUCUUAGCCAGCCUUCUUAAACAACUAGCUGAAAGUCUGCCCAUAUUCCCAGAGAACCUGAAAUCGCUCUACGACAAACAUAAAACCAAGCAGUCGCGACCAUCACUAGAGGAAAUCUCGGAUAACAUCCAGUCUACAGCCAAACUUUAUUCAAAAGUCUUUGUUCUUAUUGAUGCUGUAGAUGAGUGUCAGACAUUUGGGGGGACCCGGGGGAAAUUUCUGGAGAAAAUCUUCAGUCUUCAAGCCGAGUGCGGAAUCAACGCUUUUGCAACAUCAAGACCUAUGUCAAAUAUCAUGGAGUUAUUUAAAGACAGCCUCGUACUAGAAAUCCAUGCUAAGGAUGCAGAUGUGCGGGAAUAUCUCAAACGUCGAGUAGAGGAUACGAUGUCAGAAUUGCCACCUCCUAUCCGUGACGACCCAAGCCUUCAAGCGGACGUCAUAAAUAUCAUAUGCAACUCGGCAAGGGGGAUGUUCCUUCUUGCGCGGCUUCAUCUCAACUCUCUUGUUGACAAGAUCUCGGAAAAGGAAGUCCGCAGUGCUCUUAAAAAGCUACCAAAUGGGUCGGAUGUAUACGACAUUACAUAUAAAGAGGCAAUGAUCCGAAUUGAAAAACAAGCAGCCGGCCACCAGGACCUUGCUAAACGGGUUUUAUCUUGGAUUACUUACUCAAAGAGGUUGCUCACCGUGGUUGAGCUUCAGCAUGCCCUCGCUAUAGAGUUAGGAACAACGAAACUUGAAAAAGAGGCGUUGCCACAUACUGACAUCCUGCUUUCAGUAUGUGCUGGGCUUGUUACGAUCGACAUACAAAGCGGCAUCAUUCGAUUAGUGCAUUAUACGACAAAGCAAUAUUUCGACAAAACCAGAGAUUACUGGUUUCCUAAGGCGGAAGCUAAGAUUACGGAUGCUUGUGUUACCUAUUUGUCGUUCGACGUCUUUGAGAAUGGCUCUUGUCAAAGUGAUGAGGAUAUCCAGGAGCGGGUGAAUUCAAACCCAUUUUUUGAAUAUUCCGCCCUUCACUGGGGUGAACAUGCUCGGGAAGCUUCACAUAUAAGCCAAGCUGUCAUCAGCUUCCUCGAAUCUGAUAAAAAGGCCGAGUCAGCUGGUCAGGUAUUAGUAAAACCUUCCUUGAAGUGGUGGCCGAGUCACCCUGAUAAUGGAUUACAUUUGGCGGCUUGGUUUGGCCUCGAUGAUGCCAUACGAAUACUAGGCGAGAAAAUUCCUAUCAAUAAGACAAGUAGUGACGGAAGAACUGCGUUGUCAUAUGCCGUCGAGAGAGGACACGAGGCUACUGUCAAAGUGCUUCUGGGUAUAGCGAAUAUCGAUGUUAAUGUUGAACCCGAUUUCUAUCAUCCGCCAGAACCGCUUACAGUGGCUGCAACCAAGGGAAAUGAAGGUAUCGUCAAAUUACUCCUCGAUACCGGAAAGAUCAAUUUCAAUAGUUUUAAUUACUUGUCUUCAUACUCGGAGGGACCACUCGCUCAGGCUAUAGCUGGAGGCCACGAAAGUGUUGUUGAAUUACUCCUAGAAACUGGCGAAUUCGAUGUCAACGUUGUAAGAGAUGAUGGCCUAACAAUGUUCGGAGCAGCCCUAAUGGAAGAUAAUGAAUACAUCACCAAAUUGCUACUAGAUACGAAAGAAAUAGAUAUCAAUGGUAUUCAUAUGUUCGGCAGAACACCGUUAGCAAUGGGUAUUGAACUCAACAGGGUUGAUAUCGUCAAAUUACUCCUUGGUAUUAAGGAAGUAGAUGUCAACGCUAAAUCUGAAAAUGGAAAAACACCAUCACAGAUAGCUAUUGAAUACAGCAGCAGAGACAUGGUUAAAUUACUUCUUGAUACUAAAAAAUUUGACGUUCACGCUCCAAAUGAACAUGGCGAGUCAAUAUUCGAAGCAUUUAUUUGGGAAAACGAUGAAGAAAUCGUGAAAUUACUUCUGGACAAUACGGAAAUAGAUGCCAAUGCUCCAGACGAUGAUGGUAACACACUGUUUGAUUUAGUCCUCAUAUCCGGGAAUAAAGGUACCAUUAAAUUGUUUCACGAAUACUGUGGCAUGGACUAUAGGAAGGGGAGUUGUGGGUUAAUAUGGCUAUUAGAAGAUAUGGAUUGGAGUGUUCAAAUUAUCACUUGAACUCAUCACCUAUCAGCCGGUACAAGAGGUCGCACUUAUGCUACAUACAUAUUUCUACUAUCAUGUUGAAAAAGAAAAUUUACUUAAUACUGCUAG